AUGAACAACCAAUGGGAUAACCAGAACUCUGGGAGCAACUUGGACGGCCAAGGUGGUCAGUUUGGGGGCGCCAACUCUGGUCGAGGCCAGUAUGACAACCAACCCCAGGGCGGCCAAUUCGGCGGCCAGGGUGGUCAGGUGGACAACCAGACCGGUUCCAAUCAGUUUGGUGGCGCUGGUGACACCGACAGCUCUGCUUGGGAUAACAGCCAAGGCCAGGGAGGAUUUGGCGGCCAGGGAGGACUCGGUGGCCAGGGUCGUCAACAGAGGAGCGAUGACUUUGGUGGCCAAGGUGGUGGGUUCGACUCGAACUCGACUAGCCAAGGCCAAGGUGGAUACCAGAAUCAGUCCUCCGCCGGUGUUGGCGGGAAUCAGAGUGAUAGCGGCUACGGCGGCGGCAACAACCCCGACGACUCGAGAUACGCCGCUGAGGGUGCCUACGGCGACCAGUCGAAUACCGGCAAGAAGCCCGGUUUUGGCGAUAAGCUCAUGGGGGGCCUCGAGAAGGUCGCUGGUAAGACCACCCGCAACCCUGGCAUGGUAGAACGCGGUGAAGACCGCAAGACCGGUGAGAAUUAUUGAGUAGAUGCGGGAU